AUGGGCAGUAGCGAGGGUCAGCAAACGUUUUGCCUAAAAUGGAACCACCACAAGACGAACCUCGUCGAGAUUCUGGAGGCGUUAAUUAAAGUCGAGACCUACGUUGACUGCACUCUGGUAGUCGACGACCAAGUCACGUUUAAGGCUCACAGAGUGGUUCUAGCAGCAAACUCACCCUAUUUCCAAUCUAUAUUGGCCGACGUGCCGAUGGAUCAUUGCAGCAUACUUUUCCCAGGCGUUAAAGAUUUCGAGAUGCGCGCUCUACUCGAGUACAUGUACACAGGUGAAGUAAAUGUGACUCAAGCGCAUAUUCCCCGUAUCAUGAAGGUCGCAGAACAGCUGGAAGUUAAAGGUCUGUUUGAUAUGACCGAGUUACGACGCCGGCCGGGCAGCAGCGAGCGGACCCCGGCCGCGUCGCCACCGAGAGUCGUACCUGCCGCGCCCUCUAGCGUGUCACCGCCGGUACCGAUCAAUCGUUGGCCUCCUCCUGCGCCCUUACUUUCUGCCGCAUACGAUUCCGCUGAUAUGAAUCCCUUGAAACGCAAGAAAUUAUCUAGCAUGUUAGCCACUCGUGACACUCCGAUUUUAAGGAACGUACUCGCUCAGAACACUUCUGUAGAUUCCUCGCAACCCAUUUCCCUCGUAUGUCACCCGGUGAAUCACGAGCCAACUCGCCUGCAUUCGAACGGUUCUGCGCACGAAUCUGAACGUCCACCGAGUCCACAACGUCCUUUCGACUAUCGCCCUCGCAGACUAUCAUCACGAGCGUCAUCACCACAUUACAAUCGAUCGGAUCGGUCUGAAGACGCGCACUCUCCUUACACUGAGCGCUCGUUUGAAGAAGAAAAUGCUCGCUCGUUCCACCCUUCUUCCCCGCCUACUAGCUUUCAACAAGACGUAAGAGCCGGGUUAGCACCAUACGUCCCCCCUCAACAAAAACCCGAGUGGAAACGCUAUAAACAGUACACCAGGUCCGAUAUAAUGUCAGCAAUUGAAUGCGUCCGAAAUGGCAUGAGUGCUCUGCAGGCGUCGCGUAAAUAUGGCGUGCCUUCGCGCACACUUUACGAUAAAGUAAAAAAACUAGGUAUAACUACAAGUCGGCCUAUGAGCCGCGGGGUGAAGAGAGAAUCGAAUGGCGCCGCAUUUCCUUACGGCUUAAGCGGCACAGGAGGCAACGAUGAUCACACACCCUCGACUCCCUUAAUCGAUCCGUCGUUUUUACAACAAGCUUUAGAAGGAGCGACGAGGGACGGAGGCAGGGAAGCCCUACAUGCUAUGGCGCUGGCGGCCGCUGCUCAUGCUGCACUCACCCCGCGAACGCCGCCGCGAUCGAGGCCUCAGUCCCCGCGCUCCCCGAAUCACGACGACAACCACGUCGAGGACCUCUCGGUAGCCCGACGUCGUGAUCCAGAUCCACCCUCCGGCGUCAUCGUCCCACCUCGCAACUUCGCCCUCGAUUGCAGCAGUGAAAGGGAUUAG